AUGGUCUCACAGAACUUGGCAGCGUGGCAGACAGCCCCCAAAGCUCCGAGCCUUGAGGUCAAGGAUGCCCCUUAUACCAAGCCGGCGGCGGCUGAGAUCCUGAUCCGUAACUUUGCCGUUGCGGUGAAUAUCGUUGACGCUGUCACGCAGUCUGCCGGCCCGGAUCUGUUCCCGUGGAUAAAAUAUCCUCAGAUUCUUGGAAACGACAUCGCUGGCGAGGUCGCCGAAGUAGGGCCCGGCGUGGAGUCCUUCAAGCCAGGUGACCGCGUCGUCGCCCAUGCCAUCAACAUCACCAACAACAAACCUUCGGAGGGGGCCUUCCAGCUGUAUACAAUCGUGUCGGACUUCAUGGCCGCCCCGAUUCCCAACAGCCUUUCCUACGAACAGGCCACCGGCAAGACCCUCCUCGUCUGGGGCGGUGCAUCGAGCGUUGGAUGCUGUGCGGUCCAGCUGGCUGUCGCCUCCGGGUACGAGGUUUUCGCCGUAGCUUCACCCAAGAAUUUUGCCCUUCUGGAGAAGCUAGGGGCCGCCAAGGUGUUCGACUAUCACCAGGGAGACGUCAUCAAGCAGAUCGUUAGCGCAUUUGUCGGUAAGGACUCGGCGGGCGGAAUGGCCAUUGCGCCUGGCUCGAUUGGUCCCGUCGCUGAGGUCUUGUCCCAAGUUACGGGCGUCAAGUUGAUCGCCAACAUCUCUGUGCAGGCAGCAGAGCUGCCCGAGGGGGUCAAAGCAAACAAUGUAUUCGGAGGCACACUGCGCGACAACAAGGUCGGCCGUGCCGUGUACUCGGACUUCCUGGGCAAGGCCCUGGCCGCUGGGACGUUCAUCUGUGCCCCCGAGCCACAAGUCGUUGGCAAGGGACUGGAGAGCGUGCAGCAGGCCUUUGAAGUCUGUAGAGAGGGUGUGUCGGCAAAGAAGGUGGUGGUUACCUUGGCCUAA